CGCAGAAGCGCAGUAGGAAGCCGGACAAAGCUACGCAAGGAGGGAGAAAGCGUGUAAACCAUGGCGUCCUCCGCGUUCCUCAACGCUCUCGUCCUCCGAUCGCCAUCACCGUCGCUCUCGUCCUCGUCUAACCGCCGCAGCACCGGCGCCUUCGCGUUCCCGAACCCACCGCGCUUCCCAUGCCUGCGUUCUGCGCGUCGACUCGUCCUUGCGAGGGCGGCGGCAGCGCCGGCGCCGGGCGAUGGCCCCGAGGACGAGUGGGGGCCGGAGCCCGAGGGCGGUUCCGCUGUCACGGGGGCCGCGGUGGCGGAGGCGCCGGAGGCGAGAGAGGUCGCGGAGCUCAAGGCGCAGCUAAAGGACGCGCUGUACGGCACGGAGCGGGGCCUGCGGGCGUCCAGCGAGUCACGAGCCAAAGUGCUGGAGCUCAUCACGCAGCUCGAGACGCGCAACCCCACGCCGGCUCCUACGGAGGCGCUUACGCUCCUUAACGGGAAGUGGAUCCUCGCGUACACAUCAUUUUCCCAACUAUUCCCACUAUUGGGGUUUGGUAAUCUGCCUCAGCUGGUGAAGGUGGAGGAAAUAUCACAAACCAUUGAUUCUGAGAACUUCACAGUGCAAAACUGUAUCAAGUUUUCAGGACCUUUGGCUACAACCUCAGUUGCCACUAAUGCAAAAUUUGAAAUUAGAAGCCCCAAGCGUGUGCAGAUCAAAUUUGAUGAAGGGAUUGUUGGUACACCACAGUUGACCGACUCCAUUGUGCUACCAGAGAAGUUUGAGUUAUUUGGACAGAACAUCGACCUGAGUCCACUGAAAGGCAUAUUUUCUUCCAUCGAAAAUGCAGCAUCCUCGGUUGCAAAGACCAUAUCUGAGCAGCCUCCGCUCAAAAUACCGAUCAGGACAAACAAUGCUGAAUCGUGGUUGCUUACGACAUACCUUGACGAAGAGCUCAGGAUCUCCAGAGGCGAUGGCAGCAGCAUCUUUGUGCUGUUCAAGGAGGGAAGUACUCUUCUAUACUGAGAUCCAAAUCCCGAGUCCAUGAUCGUUGAAGCUGAACCGUGAAGUAGUUAUACUGCUUAUGCUUUUCUUUCUUAUAGUAAUAUGCUCCGUCUCAAAAUAAGUCAAUUUCUAGAAUCACUUAAAGUCAAAUUAUCUUAAGUUUGACCAAUUUUAUAGGAAAGGCACCAUCGUCUAUGUCUCUAUGACACCAAAUGAGUACAUUAUGAAAAAUAUUUUAUGGUGCAUUAGUGACACUAAUUCAGUGCCAUGCUCUUUUUAUGAAUUUGGUCAAACUUAAAAAUAGUUUGAUUUAAGAUAACUCUGAGAAAUUGAUUUAUUUUGGGACAGAGAGAAUGUUUCUGGGUUGUCUUGUAAAUACAGUUCUUGUCAUUAGAGUAUAUGAUGACUAGGACCGGUUUAAUCCGAAUUAUAUAAACUCUCUAUAUAUCAGCGAACCCCUUUUUUAU